AUGACGGCUAUGGAGCAUGCUUCCGAUCAUGAUUCCCAGACCCCAGAUUCUCCCCUGAGUCCGAGCGAGAGAAGCUCGACUCCUUCCUCCAUCACCUCCUCUGCUGCCACCAGUGUUGUUGACACCGGUGACAUCUCCAAACUCCCUCUCUCCUCAUCCACAUCUUCUCCACCCAAGUCCAAAAAGGAGGAACGGUUAAAGAAAUACAACAAAACGGCCCAUCGUACCGUUGCUGCUGCCAGUGGUAUUUCCACCACGGUGCCCGUUUCCGGCGAGCGUCCAAGACCAACACCCCAUUCUACUCUUGACGACGAUGUUUUGUUUGCCAUCUUCGAGAUCCUGUACGAUCACGACCCCAGAGCUGAGGGAAUGACCGUCAAACAGAUCUGCGAUAUUCUUAUCGAAAAACACCCAGAAAUGGUUAAACUCUCGUCAAAAACCUCGAACUUGGUCUCGGCCAAGCUCAAUGCCUAUGUCAAGCGUGUGGAGAAGGGCGAAAAGUCCAUUGUCUACUCGCUUUCCCGAGACUGGGCCGACGCCUCUCCAAAAAGAAUGGUGUACGUUUACCGUGGUUUGCUCGUGAAAGAUUACCACUUGUAUGUGCAACAAUAUCUGGAAAAUCAACGCGCUAUGGAGCAGGUCCAGGUGGCCUCGCAUGGCGGAUCCGAAUUGGACAGCAAGGAUCUGAAAAGAUACAAAAGAGCCGGUCAUGCGGCAGUCUCGUCGCAAGCCAGCUCCCAAGAUUUCGGCGAUAAAAAAAUGCCGUUUUUGGACUCGUCAUUGGAUCUCAGAAUGGCCAACUUGGCCGUCCCAUAUGCAGUGGCUCCUGUCACUGCGUCUCUUAUUUCGGCAUACGAGGACGCCGGUUUCGCUAGUCUGCCUCCAAGAGCCAAGUCGCUCGGGUCCAUGCCGGACUCUGACGACGACGAGGACGAGGAGGAUGACUACGAGGCUCUGCGGUCUUCUGGUGACGACUCCGGAGUGUCUGUGGCUAGCCACACACGCGGAGCCACCCUUGUCAGGGAAAAAGUGCCGUCCUCAAUCGGCAAGCGGUCCAAGUCAAUGAGUCUUUUGGGUGCCAAAAAGCCAAAAACCGUCCAUUUGACUGCUGCUGCUGCCACCCCGCGGAUCCCCAAAAAUGCCUCCAUUGCAAACAAUCCGAGCGCGGCCGCUGCCGUGGCUGCUCUCAGAGCAGCAGCUCUCAGCUUCAACACCCAAACCGAAGCCGUCAACACCAUCACCAGCUCCAUCCUGUCCGACACCACCGUCGAGCCCUCCAUCAGCAUGAAGUGGCUUGAGACCGUGCGCUCGGGCUUUUUGGCGCAGGAAAUUGGCGCUCCGGAAGAUGUCUCCUUGGCUGAGCUUGAUAUGCUGUUCACGUGA